AUGGAUGGGAUUCUACGGAACGGCGACGUCACAGGCCGAUCGAUGCAAAAUCGAACACCUCUCAAGAACGGAGCGCCCAGCGUUGCACCGCCUGGAGUCGCGGCACAGUCAUCGCUCUAUCCAGAAAAAGCACCUUCUAGAGAACGUGAUCGGGACAGUUCUCGGAAUAUCAAGGAAGAGCUGCCUGGCAUGGUAGCAGCCGCAGACCUUAAGUCUAGCGCAAGCAAAGGUGCGCCCGAGGAUUUCGCCGCAAGCCUACAUAAAGCAGCUACAGGACACGCCUCAGGAGUUGGUCCUUACGGUUUGCCAGCACCACCACCAGGGUUGGCUGGAUUACCGACGCCAGGUUUGAUGUGGCCUCAUGGUCAUGCGCAUCCUUCUGCUUUGCCACCAGCCGAGUAUCAGCGCAUGAUAGCCUCGGACGCAAUGCUAAGCGAACGAUAUCGAGCUAUGUUUGCCAUGGUCCCUCCUGGAGGCACUACGGGCUUAUCUCCGGCGGACCGCAUGCGCCUAGGUCCUGCUAGCAAUGAAGAGCUCGAGAAACAGCUUUCAUACGAACGUAAUUUUAGCGAGCACAUUGAACGAAACAAAUUGCUGGGGGCGCAAGCAGCGGCAGGCUUACCUGGAGCUCCUCCAGGCUUUCUUGGUGGCCCAAGUCCCGCCGGACAUGCCCCACCACCAGGACACCCCUAUCUGUCUAGCUUAGGCCCUCUGGGCCAUGGCGGGCCACCAUCGGCUGGCUUAACAAGCUUACGCGGCAAAGGCGGUUCAGUAGGACCUUCAAUUCCUGGCGGGCCGAUGUCGGCGAUGGGAUUGGCUAUGGCCGGUGGUGUACCCACCCAUCCAGGGGUGCCUCCCCCUCCACUAAUACCUGCUGGUGGCCCAGGUGCGUCCCAUCCAAUGCACAAAACACUCUCCUCGAUGAUUCCAUCGGCCAGCGAUAAGCCUCUACGAUAA